GUUGUUAUUUGUUGGAGGAGUGAAUAUACUAUUUUUGCAUGAUCGCAUAUCCAAUGGAUUCGCAAGCAGACAGCAGCUCUCCUGAUGUCAAAGUCAGUUGGGGCACGUCCAUCCACCAUGAGCUAUCUCCCAUACCGUCUCGGGACCAGUCUUCUGUGGAGGCAGAGGCAUCAGAGACGUCAGAUGCAUCGGAGGGCGUUCACUGGUCUCCUCCGGAGGCCGGCCAGUGGCGCGGCGUCGGCAGUUCCGCUGGAGUAGUAACCCCGGAGGACGGGAGCAGGUGUCGGCACGGGGUCACCGUCACCGCUCCCUCGCCGUGUCACGCCGUCCCAGACCGGGCGGCGGCGGCGGCACUAUUUGAAGCGUGCGAUGAGUCGGGAGCCGGUGAGCUGCCGGCUGGACGGCUGCUGCGCCUCGUCCGGGAACAGCUGCCCGACGUCUGCCGAGAGUGGCUGCAGGCAGUGGCCCAGUCGCUGACAGCGGACGGCCACGUUACCGUCGACAUGUUCAGGGACGCCGUUAGCACCGCCAACAGCACGCACGCCCAGCUGAUGCAGCCCGGUACGGUGCCGGACACCACCCCGCCGUCCCCGUCCCCCCAGUCGGGGACAGGCGGCCGGCUGCACGCUGCCGGUCGGUUCAGUCUGGGGAGCCGCGCCUCCUCCCUGGGGAUCCUCCACAGCUCCCAGGUGCUGGACACCAGCAGCUGCAGCAGCUACGAGGGAGUCGGCCAGCAAAUGUCGCCAGUUGACGUGCCGGCGCUGGAGGGAACCAUCGCGCAGCUGCAGCACUCGAGUCGCGCCCUGCAGGAGGAGCGGGACCAGCUGCAGCAGCAGCUGCAGCAGCUGGAGGAGACCAACCAGCAGCUGGCUGCCGAGCUGGCCCGGCUGGCUGAUAAAAACGACAGUAUGUCGGCCGAGCUGCGUCGGAUCCCGUCCCUUCGUCAGGAGACAGAGCGACUCCAGGCAGCGCUGGAGGCGGAGAUCCGCCAGCGGGCGAUCCAGCGCGAUCAGGCGGCGCACCAGGAGCGUUUGAUCGCCGCCCAACAGGAGGAGAUGGAGCUGCUGGCCUCCAGGCUGAGCACUGCUGAACUGGAGGCGGUGCGCGCCGCCGGCCGCGAGGAUGAGCUCCACACCAGUCUGGGAGACGCCCUGCGGGAGACCGACGCCCUGCGGCAUGACCUGAGGGACAGGGAUGAGCGGAACGCCGCGUCCCAGGCCACCAUAGCGGCUCUGCACUCGACCAUCAGAGAGAUGAGGGAUACUUCGCUGGCUCUUCAGGACGAGAAGUCUCGCACCUCCCACGAGCUCAGUAAGGUGCGGAAGCAGCUCCAGACUCUGCGACUAAACUCGCCGGCCGGCGGAGACGCGUCCCACUCGGGCCCCGCAUCGCUGGCGGUCAACAACGGCUCCAUACACGACGAGAUUAUCAACACGAUUCAGACCACCGGGGACGGCGACCCCAUCCUGCCACUGUCCGGCAUCGCCUCUCCCGAACUGGUGCACGCCAUUUUCGCCAGUCCGCUCAACCUGCACUUCAAGUCGGUUCCGCGACGCCUGCGGAUGGCCAGCACGCCUCAGUCGGGCCACCGGCGGGCAGAGAGCGAGCUGAGAGAGAGUGAGGAGGAGCGGUCCCCUCUGACCGGGGUGGACGAGUCGGCGGAGCUGGACGACCAGUUCUCCUCGGCUGCGUCAGAAUCGAACGACUCGUCUGCGGUGUACCGCAGCCGGCCGACCUCAGUGUUGGAAGCGGCCGUUCAGACCGAACCCGAGACAGUGGAGGACAAACUCUCUGAGGAUCCACCGAGCCCCGCCCGAGCGGAGACGGGCACACAGACAGAGGCGGAGCCCGAGCCCUCGCCUGAGGAGAAGGCCCGUUCUGUGCGCCUCUGGCGCACACAGAGGGUUCCCAGCUGGCCGUGCACCGACACCACCUGUGCUGCCACCUUUGGAGCAAACCAGGCUGGCGAGGACUCGAAGUCGCCGUCGGCAGUCGAGCGCCGCUCGCUGUGGGCCUCGCCACGGAAGAUUGACGGUUCUCACCCGCCGCUGCUGCACCAGCUCACGGACCUCUACCCGAAACAGGAGGCCAUGUUCAACGGUGGGGGCAGCUUCACUGGAGCUAACAGCGCCGGGAUGAAACGCACACACUCAGAUGGCGCCCUGAGCGCUCCCCUACGGACCCGCUUCUGCAGUAUGCCGACCGUGGAGGAGGUGCCCGACGACCCCGACGCAGACAUACCGCAGCAUCUGCCGUUGCGAGCGUCCUUCAGUCUGCCGUGCGACCCGAACGAAGUGGGCAUCUUCCCGUCUCUGACCGAGCACAUGCUGGCCGACCUGCACUUUCACGCCGACGAGAAUGCUAACACCACGAACGAAAAGGACUUGGAGAGCAAGUUCAGUUCUCUGGCGCUGGCGUUCAAGACGGACCGGCUAACAGUGCACGAGAGACUGGACGUGCAGCGACGCCACCGGGACCAGGCCGAACAGAACCUCGACAUGGAGGCGCAGCGCUUCAGAGAGCAGCUCAUGAUGCUGAGUCAGUCGGACGCCGACCGCUCGGAGCAGAUGAAGUCACUACAGCGGCAGCUCGACAUCAUAAAACAAAUAUCGCAGAGGCUCUCCCGCACAGCCGAGGUGCUAGGCGCCGCCCAGCAGGAGCUGCGUGUCUCGCGCGCCGUCGAGGUGAUGACACAGCACGUGGAGAGCCUGCGCCACCUCUACGAGCGCGAGCACGCCGAGCUGGAGGAGGCGCGACGCGUUCUCGCCACCAAUAACAUCGCUCUGCACGAGCCGGUGCAGAAGGCGGUGCCGGGCGGCCGGCGGCGCGCCUCCAUUGCCGUUUUCGCACCGCGCCCGGCCGGCCAGCCGCUGGCGACCGGUCUGGGCGGGGGCGGCGGCGGUCUGGGCGGCCUGGGCAGUCCCCUGGGCGGUCACUCGGGACAGCUGAGCCCGUCGGCCGGCAGUCCUGUGACACCGACGGCCGGACUGAGGCGGAGACGGAAUUCACUCGGAGCCGGCGACGCAGACGGUUUCGGCGCGAUCAAGGAGGAGAAGGAGGAGGACCGGUCCGAGUCGGAGCACCACCGCCACUCCCCGGACCACCACCCGCCGUCCUCGGCGGACCGGCAGCCACCCAGCUCCCACUCCAACUCGCCCGAGCGAGACGAGCCCGACCAGGAGCCGGACGACGGCUCGGCCGAGGGCGACCAGGACCUGCGGACGCACAUGGAGGAGACGGUGUCAGACGAGCUGGCCACCCUGAGGUCGGAGCAGGAGCAGCUGGCCAACGACCUGAAGACGCUGCUGUCCCGGCAGAGGGAUGCCGUGCUGCAGCAGACCACCACCGUGGGGAAGCUGCUCUGGGACGUGGCGCACGCGUGGCCGUACUCUCGGGAGCAGACGGUGGUGCGCGCCCGCUACUGCGUCGGUGGCCUGUUCCUGCUGCUAGCCGUCAUGGUGCUGCUGGUGCCGCCGGCGCACACCAGCUGCAAUGCGCCGCCGCACGCCUUCUACUCCUGGUCAGAGCUGCUGUCGCCGCACCUGAGCCUGCGGCACGUGCACCGGCCGCCGCUGUGAUACCGCCCCCGCCCCCGCCCCCGCCCCCGCCCCCGCCGGGCGCGGCCUGCCGCCCUCUGAGCCCGGCCGCAGCCGUCCGGGCGGCUGGACGGACGGCCCCGCCGCCCAGAGCUGCCGCCCCGCUGCCUUCUGCGUUGUGUUGUUUUAUGUGGUUGUUCGCGAUACAUGAAUAAAUAUAUGAUUGGUG